GUAGGAGAGGCCGGGGGAAGGGAGUGGAGAUGAGCGGGGGUCACUGCUAACAGCCUGCUGUGAGGCUCUAUGUCGGACCUUUUUUCCAUCAGGUGGAACUUCUCCCACCUCGUCCUGUGAUUAUUGAUUGUGUUAUGAUUAUCAGUCUCACGGGUGCAGAGAGAUGGUUUGGACUGAGUAGCGCAAACGUCCAAACUGAGAGUCAGCUUGGAACUUGGAAGAACUUCUGUGGUGGAUGAAGAGAGAAAUGAAAUCCCUCACACCAGUAUUAUAUUUCCAUCUGUGAGUGGUCUGAAGUCAACGACCCCACACCAGCUGACCGCCAUGAAUUCCUCUGUGCUUCCACACGCCAACCACACCCCACUCUGCUACUCCAUCAACAGCCCUCCAUUUAAGUACAACCACACCAUCGCCUCGGCCUACUUCUCAUCCAUCUUCAGCACUUUGGGUCUCACCUCCAAUCUCAUCGCCUUCAUCGUUCUCCUCAAGUCCUUCCGGCGGACACAUAGCCGCUCACGCUCCUUCUUCCUGGUCUUCCUGGGCGGCCUGGUGGUCACUGACUUCUUGGGUCUUCUGGUCACGGGCUCCAUUGUGAUCUCCUUCCAUGUUACACACUUUAACUGGCGGCAGUUAGAUCCGGACUGCCACUUCUGCAACUUCAUGGGCAUGUCCAUGGUUUUCUAUGGACUGUGCCCACUGCUGCUCGGUGCCGCCAUGGCCAUAGAGCGCUUCAUUGGGAUCAACCGUCCAUUUGCACGUUCGGCCAGCAUGCCCAAGACCCGCACUGUCUCCAUGGUGCUGAUGGUUUGGUUGGUCGCCGGCUCCAUCGCUCUGCUGCCCCUAACAGGCAUUGGGAGCUACCACAUGCAGAUGCCCGGCUCCUGGUGUUUCUUCAACAUCAGCUCUGAGGGGAAUGACCUGGCCUUUUCCCUGCUCUUCUCCCUGGUCGGGCUGAUGUGUAUCGCUGUGUCAUUUUUGCUGAACACGGUGAGCGUCGUGACCCUGAUCAAGGUGUGCUGCGGACAAGACAGGACCCAGCGCCGUCGAGAUCACGAAGUGGAGAUGAUGGUUCAGCUCAUCCUCAUCAAUGUCAUCGCUUCUAUCUGCUGGUGCCCCCUCCUGGUCUUCACUGCACAAACUGUGCUGUCCGGAGGUCCUCUCCAGGUCAGAUACCUGCUACUGUGGCUACGCUUUGCCACCUUGAACCAGAUCCUGGAUCCGUGGGUAUACAUCCUGUUUCGCAGGUCAGUUCUUCGGAGAAUCUACCCCAGCCUCAACUGGUCUCGGGGCUCCAUCAUGACCCUGUACCCGUCUUUCAGCGGCACCAUUCGCAGGUUCACGCGCUCCUCGCUUGGGAGCACCAUGGGCCCAGAUGAAACAGAAGAGACAGGGAAAUCAAAUGUAACGGCUACGUCUUCACUGAAGCCCCCACCUCCUUCUCUGUGAUUGGUUGUAUUUGAGCUGUUGUUGCAGCAGACUGAGUGAUAUCAUUGGUUGUAGCAUGUGUUUGAAUGUGUUUUCGAGCUUUGAUGAAUUUUCAUGUUAACUGUGACCAAUAUGGCAGGAUUGCACGAACAAUCUGAUUGUUUUUUAGUUGCAUGCCAUUGAAAUGUUUAGCAGUAUUAGCAAUGACACUUUAAUUAGAGAAAAGUGUAAAGAGAGAGCAGGGGCUCAUUAAAAACGUCCGACCUGUGAUCUAUCGAUUAAAUACACUCUCUUUAACCACUAUACAGAGCUCUGCAGCCUGCUGAAACAGAUUUAAGAUAUCUACAUCCACUGCUCCUCAUGUACUGCUCUGUCAAGUGCUUUUAUGGUAUUUGAGGUUUAAACAUCUUGAGACAGUGGCUCAGGGCACUCUCUGCUCAUUCAGGCAAUUAUUUUAUUGUAAUACUUCAUUCUAGUAGCACAUUUUAAGCCUCUUAAGCACAUGCACACUUUGAUCAGAUGCUCUUUAGUGUCACAGGAGACCCAGUGUGAACAUUCAUUGUUCCCUUUCUGUUGGUAUUUGUAUACCUUGAAUGCUCGUGGUACAGUAAUGGUGGAGCAACUGAUCCCACCAGAACACUGAAAACUGGCUAAUCUUAAUCUUGUAGAGGUGCUUAAAAGUGAAACUGCUUUCACUAAAAACGAAAUAUUGCUUAGACUGCCAGAGGCUUCCUGUACGAUUCCCAUUUCAAGAGUUAAUACAAUGCAUUACAAUACAUGUAUUUUCUAUGUGUGAAAUAUAUAAAUAUAUCAUCAUAUUAUUACACUUAUAUAUUACAUAAUAAGUCAUUUUACCACUUUACUCACUGUAUCACUGGUGUGGUGUGGCCUCAUUUCAAACUCUCCCAUCUUAAACUGUCAGAUCACCCAAACACCAAAACAAAUAUUUUCUCCCCUACAACUACUGGCAUCUUGCCAUGAAAAUAUUUUUGGUUUCAGUUGCCCGAGUUGUGAGAUGUUUUGCGAUUUCUACUUUGGAGGUGGAAGGAAAUGAAUUUAUGCUGCUCAGAUUAAAACAUUCAACAGAAAGAUGUGUUAAAGUGAGGAAAAAAAAUGCUCAGUAAGUGCUUCAGGUUAGGUGCAAGUCCGACCAGGGGUGAGUGGGGAAAAAUACAUAUUGUCAUUCGAGUGAGUUUAAAAAAUACUAAAGUGUGUUGCAUGUUUUUGAAUCAAGCGAAUGACUGGGUAAACCAAACAGUAUUGAAGUCUAAUGUUUCCAUCUGGAGAAAGCACAGUUUUCUUAUCUAAACUUGUACAUGUGUGUGCCUACCUCAGUUUUAGACUUGGGGAGUAUUAUGCAAAUAUUCCUCAGACCCAGAGUUGCUCGGGAGGUAGGAAAAUUCAAAAUAAUUCAUGUUUUUCAGUGUAAAAUUGCAAUAAGAAGCUUUGCUAACCAGCUCAGGCUGAUACAGAAUCCUAAUUUGGGUUCACAGUCCUGUGCCUGUGAAACUGGUGUUAUUUCUGCACAGAACAGCUCGGCCUCUCAGAGAUGUUUAGCUAAAACUUCAGGUUGUCAACUGAAAAGGUGUUUAUAUUACAAUGAACAGGGAGAAGAGGGUAAUUUAUCUGUUGUAUAAUUCAAAUUCAAACUGAUAAUUUGGCCAGUGUAAUGACGCUGGAGCUAAAUUGUAAUAUUUUAAUUCUAAUACAUAAUAUAAUGAAAUUGAAACAGUCAUUUGUUGCUCCGUCUGAUUACUCAGCCCUCAGCUGCUCUUGCACAUAAUUUGUUUUCAUUGAAUUAUCACUCAUCAAUCAGGCUGUCAAAGCGCUGAACCAAUCACUGCUAAUGGUUGAAAUGUGUCUUUUGCAGUGUCAUUGCAGUGAAACUGAAGUGUAAAUGUUGAGCGUGCUCGCCAGAAAUGGCAUGUGGUUACACAGAAAAAAAAAGGAUUUGUAAAAUAAAUGGGAUUUUCUGUUAAACACGCGCAGGCUACGACUUCAACCUUUUUGCUUACAAUUAAAACAUGUGAACUUUGCCAUACAUUUUCAGGUCUUCAUAAAGAAGUGCAAUCAAAUACAAAUUGUUCAAAUCAGAUUAAUUCUGAUGUUUGCUGAUAUGGCGUAUCCUGAAUGAGUGAAGUCGAGUAAAACUACAUUUUGAAGUUUGGCUGGUCAUUGUUCACCAGCUCACAUUGUUCACAUUGUUUGGUAGUUUGUUGUUUGCACUGGGGUCACCUGGAUAGAAACAGGUCAACCCAUGUUUUAUGAAUAUAGUGACAAGCAUUUUAUAACUUAGAAAUCUUGCAUGUAAAUCUUUAGCUUGUACAGGCUAAUACAUACUGACUCUGGGAUGACCUAGAAAUGUCUCCUUGUCCUCCUGCUUUUUCCCAGUGGGUCGACAUCAGAAGUAAAAAGUUUACUCGAACUUAUCUAACUUCCUUGAUUGGCUGUAUGAUUGUCCGCUGUUUUGCAGUUAUGUUUCCAGACGCUGUGUUUACAUAUCCCAAAAUAUUGCCCCACACCCAUGUAGAGAAAGCCCUCCAACCCAAGAUCGAGAUCAAAAUGGUAAUAAGCCUGCAUUUUGGUGAACAAGCUGAAUUUACUGUCACUGUUUUCCAGAGGUGGGAGUAAGUCACACAUGCAAAUCACAUGAAAGUCUCAAGUCUUCACCUACAGGUCUCAAGCAAGUCCCAAGUUCUAGUAAUGUGAAUCAAACUGUAUGAAAUUCUGAUUAUCUCCCCCAGUUUCCACAUUUGAAGCACACGGGAGCAAGACUUACUAAUGCUGGUUAUUUCUAUAAACAAGCAAAAGAGAGAUUACUCAGAACAAUCGACCGUCAUCAACAACAUAAUUCAUCAAAAACGUUGCUGUUUCUGGACCAGCCCCCUCCCCUCCCUGCAUGAUGGCUUCCUCGUGCUGUUGGCCUCGCGUUGGUCUGCCGUUUCCUAGCAGAGAGGUUUGCACACAUUUCGCUAGAAAUCAUCCGGUCUGUUUCAAAAAACAAAACUUCAGUGUCUCGAAAAAUGGAAAUAUUCAAUAAAAAGUCAAGCUAUUUCAUCUUUACAUCUGUCUCAACUGUAGGUCUCAAGUCAAGAACACCAAGUCAAAGUCAAGUCAAGUCCUUUAUCAGUGUUCGUCAAGCCGGAGUCCCCCACCUCUGCUGAUUUCAACCCAAUCACCAGGAUAGAUGCUGGCAUUGUACCUUUCUGCAAGCUAAGGACAAGUUGACGCUACAUUAAUUUAUCUUCUUUACAUUCAAACUUUACUUUUCUUUAUGUUUCAAUUUUCAGUCUCAUGUUGUGACAGUGCUAUGGUUACGGUCUGGUUAGGGUCAGGCAUGAAAACCACUUGGUGUGGUUUAGGAAAAGAUCAUGUCGUGGCUUAAAACACUUGGUGCAGUCCCCACAAACGCGACUCAAACAGUGGUCUCGUGGCAGUUAGUCUCACCUCGCUGUCACUGCGUCACCAUCAUGUCCUCCUACUGAUGAGAAAAACUCAUUUAUAUGUACCGCUAAUCUGAAUUACGUCACUUUGAUACCUAUUGUAGAAGCACUGAUGUGAUGCAUAUGUAACACAUUAAUCUGUGGUUUGCAGAAAAGUACAAAGCUGACAUUUUAUUCUGGCGACUGGGCUGUAUUUUCCACCCAAAACAAGAUCAUCAGCUAAAUGUCUCCACCAUAAAGGUUCCUUUUAAUCUUUGACAAUACAAAUGAAUUUAAAAACUACAUUGCAAUUUUCUGUUUUGUGUUUAUUGCAAAGAUUUGACAUCAAGAGUGAUGAUCUACUUGUGAGAAAAUUAAUGUCAUUUUACUAUUCAAAGGGAAAUGGUUGAAUUGGUCUUUGUCAUGGUUUAAAGGGAGUGAUUAAACAUGAAUACAAGGUCAGUGAAGGCAACAUUAAAAGCUUAUGCACAUUCUUAAUGUCUUAAAUGUCUAAAUUCUGCCGUUCUUGACGUCUCCAAUAGCUCCCCAUACAUCAAACAAAAACACAUCAGGGAAAGCAAAAUCUCCCAGAACUGAGUCCAAGGCUUCUGCGAAGUCAUCGGGGUUCUUCUUGUCUUUGCCUGCUUCCACGAUGGUGGUCGCUGCAGAACAGAAGGGAUGGGACAGACUUGAAAAAGGGUUAGCUGUUGAUAACUACCGACAAAUCCUGGCAAGGUCUCUGUCCAAGCAAACUAUGAGAGUAAAUUAUAUGUUUUCAAUGCUUUUUUUUCAAUGCCUGAUUAUUUAAAAAUAAUAUACCAUCUUCCUUCUCGAAGGCUUAAAAAUGAAACUGAAAUAUGCAACCAAACAUAUUUUCAUUGGAUUCAUUCCAAGCAAACAAAAGAGGAAGUAGAAAUCAUUAACCUUUUUUAAAAUACUUCUAAACGGCCAAAUGUCUUUUUGGGUCAUAUCAUAUAAUGGGAAAGGACAAACUCAUAAGGCAACGAUAAGAAUGCGUCCCACACAAAUUCCUGAUUUUUCCAAGGUCACUUCGUCAUAGAGAACUUUUUUUUUUUUCACUUUUGGUGAUA